AUGGGUAGCCUCAGGCCUGGCCAGUGGCCCACGAUCCUGGUCCACAUGCUUCUGAUGCAAACACAGCCUGUAAAGGUGCAGGGAGUUAAUUCUGUCUCCCAGAAACUGAGACGACUCAACGAACAGUUCCAACAAUUCCAGGUGCUGACCCAGGCCCGUUUGAACACGCUGGACCUGAAUCAGAACAGAAACUCUUCAAGUGGGCUGGAGAGCCGUGUUCAGGCUCUGAAUGACCAUUACCACCACUUGUCACAGGACCUUGAACACCUCAAGCAGAGCACAACGCAGGAGAUAGAAGGUCUCAGAGAGUGGAGUAGAAAACUCGAGAAGAAGAAUAAGCGGAUGGAGGGUCGUCUGGCUUUGAUGGAGAGAAACCUGAGGGAGAACCGCCGCCACUUCCAGAAACAGAAGCCUGAUACUGGUCAAGAGUUCUUUAACCUCAGCAUGGAGCUCCAGAACCAAGAGGAAAAGCUUGCUGCCCUUCAAGUCCAGCGAGAUGAGCUGCUAAUUGGGCUUAAAGGGUUGCAGGAAUCACUGAAAAACCAGGAGUUGCGUGUGACCCACCUGGAGGGGCAAGUUGGCGGGGUCCUUCAAGGGAAUGGAGGGGGUAACAUCCGUGGGUCAGGGAGGUCGGGAAAACCCAUAAACUCCAACAUCACACCUCAAGAAUAUUUUGAGCCACGUAGAAGAAACCAAACGCAUAGAGGAGGGAGACCUGGAAGGAUUCUGGAUGGACAUACCCAACCCAGGCCAGCAGGUAUCAGCUAUUCCCAGACUGAUAGUGAUUCCCAAGCAAAAAAUCCCCUUCUCCAGAAUCAAUACCGGGCAACGCCAAACCAGCCUAAACAUUCAAAGGCCCAGAAGCAAAGAACUCAGACAGAAGCUUAUCCACAGGCACACUUCCAGUAUCCAAACCCUUAUCCCCAGUCCACUGACUACCUGCCAGAACCUAAACCUCAUGCUUACCAUCCCCAGUCACAGAUCCAGGCAGGGGCCCAGACACGGCCAUACCCGAUCCUGCAGGAGCAGUUCCAGUCUCAACGGGCUGUGCCUUAUCAUCGUGCCCAGGUCCAGCAGGCAUCCCAGAGCCAACCCCAGUUACACAACCCAAACCAUCCUCCUUGGCCCCAGUCCCUAUCCGAAACUCAAACUCAUCCUGGACCCACCAGAGAGAAACAGAGCAGGACCAGACCAGGGACUCCACAGUCCCAAUCUUCAGAUGUCCUCCCUCAGCCCCUCAGUGAGUCUUAUCAAUCCAGGGUGAAUGGGUGGGAUGAAGCAGAAGAGGAAGAAAGCAACACAAAAGUGAAGUAUUCAGUUAUUCGCAACUUCCUCCAGCUUCCUUUGAGGCAAAAGAUCCCAGCACGGCCAGCUCCCAAGAAGGAUGCAAAAAUCUGUAAUGUGGACUCUAUGCUGUUCUUUCCUUCAGCCUCAGUGGAGAACUAUGUCACCUUCGCCUUGAGUCUCCCUGACCUUCCUGAACUUUCAGUGUGUUUGUGGCUUCGUGUAGACACCUCACAUGUUGGCACGCUGCUCUCCUAUGCAACACAUGACAAUGACAACCAGUUAGUUCUGUAUGGACGCAACUCCUCUGCCUUAUCUGCUCUUGACUUUGUCAUUGGGGACCCUGUCUAUCGCCGUCUUCCUGUGUCGUUACUCCUUGACACUCACUGGCACCACCUCUGCGUCAUCUGGUCCUCCAUUCAGGGUCGUUUCUGGUACUACAAUGACCGGCGCCUUACCUCCUCGGGCUCUAACUUUAGGAAGGGCUGGGAGAUUCCUGGAGGAGGAUCAGUGGUGCUGGGGCAGGAGCAGGACAUUGUUGGUGGAGGGUUUGACCCUGCAGAGAGUUUUGCUGGGCUGGUAGCAGGGUUCAGGGUAUGGAAUAGAGUACUGAGCCCUUCAGAGGUGGAAGGAGUGGCAGAUGGAAGAGGUGUGCCCAGAGGGGUGGUGCUUGGCAUGGAAGACAUAAAGGAAGUACAUGGGGAAGUGCAGCAGGUGGCAUGUGAAUGUUUAGAGCACUGUGUUUGAUUUAAAUGACAGAAAAGGGUCCAGAUGAAGAGUUUCAUUCCUAAACACAAAUU